AGGCCUCAGUCCCAGCGAGGACAGUGCCCGGGGAGCAUAGGGGGCGACCCAGCUCAGGACCGCUCGCCGCGCGCAGGGCUGCCCCUUGCUGCGCCCCCCCACCCGAGGAAGGCCGCGCCAGGAGGCACCAUGCCCCAGAACGUGGUCCUCCCUGGCCCUGCGCCCUGGGGCUUCAGGCUCUCGGGGGGCAUAGACUUCAACCAGCCCUUGAUCAUCACCAGGAUUACCCCAGGCAGCAAGGCGGCGGCGGCCAACCUGUGCCCGGGCGAUGUCAUCCUGGCUAUUGAUGGCUUCGGGACGGAGUCCAUGACUCACGCCGACGCCCAGGACCGGAUCAAAGCAGCAGCACACCAGCUGUGCCUCAAGAUCGACAGGGCGGAAACUCGCCUGUGGUCUCCUCAGGUAUCUGAAGACGGGAAGGCACAUCCUUUCAAGAUCAACUUGGAAUCAGAACCCCAGGACGUGAACUACUUCGAGCACAAGCACAACAUUCGGCCCAAACCUUUCGUAAUUCCAGGCCGGAGCAGUGCAUGCAGCACGCCGUCCGGCAUCGACGGCAGCAGCGGACGGAGCACCCCUUCUUCUGUCAGCACCAUUAGCAGUAUUUGCCCGGGCGACUUGAAAGUGGCCGCUAAGAUGGCCCCUAACAUUCCUUUGGAAAUGGAGCUUCCUGGUGUGAAGAUUGUGCACGCCCAGUUUAACACACCCAUGCAGUUGUACUCAGAGGACAAUAUUAUGGAGACACUGCAGGGUCAGGUUUCGACCGCGCUAGGGGAAGCCCCCCCGAUGAGCGAACCCACAGCCUCGGUGCCCCCGCAGUCGGACGUGUACCGCAUGCUCCACGACAGCCCGGACGGACCCGCCCAGCCCCGCCAGUCCGGCUCCUUCCGGGUGCUCCAGGAGCUGGUGGACGACGGCCCCGAUGACCGCCCUGCGGGGACUCGGAGUGUGAGAGCUCCAGUUACCAAAGUCCACGGUGGCGCUGGCAGCACGCAGAAGAUGCCACUCUGUGACAAGUGUGGGAGUGGCAUUGUCGGGGCAGUCGUGAAGGCGCGGGACAAGUACCGGCACCCGCACUGCUUCGUGUGUGCAGACUGCGGCCUCAACCUCAAGCAGAAGGGCUACUUCUUCGUGGAGGGCGAGCUGUACUGCGAAGCGCACGCCAGGGCGCGCACGAGGCCCCCAGAGGGCUACGACACAGUCACUCUCUACCCCAAAGCUUAAGUCCCGGGCAGACCGGAGCCCCACGUACCCCCCCACGCACCCCCCCACGCACGCACGCACGCACGCGCACUGAUACGGGAAGGCAGUAAUGACUUCGGGCAGAAGUAGAGCACACUGCGGAGGCCAAACCUAAAACCGAGGCUCUUAGGUGUUUAUCUUAUUGCGUGGGAGGCCGAUGCUUGCUACAGCACAAACAUGCUUUCAGCUCCGUUUUGCAGCUCUUUUCCUCUUCGGGGCGAGCGAUAACCGAAUGACAUUUAAACCGAUCAUGUUUUUUUGUAUGUCGUGUUUCACAAUUUAAGGUUUAUACGAUGGCCAUCAAACACGUAAACAUCACGCUAUUUCGGGGAGUCUGUCUUUCCCUAAGAAGUUGAUUUAGCGAUUGUAGUCAAUACCCAACGACGUCUUGUAUUCUGAGGCAACCUGCAGCUGUCUUGUUACCUGCUUUAACCAUGAAAGUGCAUGUCAGGGAGAAAUUCCCCGGACUUCUCUAGUUUCAUCUGCAACAAUUGUACCACUGGAUGCAACAUGCACAAGAAACACAUAAAACGUUUUAAAAAUACCUAACGCAGUGCCACUCCACGAAUUCAGCCGAAACCAACAUUCCAGUGAGAGGACCCAUUCGUAUGUACCGGCUCGGGUAUUUUAAGAAAAUGUGGCUUCCUUGGCUUGUAAUACUCAUUUACUCUUUCUUAGGUGCCCACAGCUCCUGAUGAUAGGAGGGGCAUUUAAGUUUGCUAGCUGAAGGUAAUGCGGUCUCUUUCAGAUUAAAACAGUUUCUUUUGCUUUGAAA